GCAAGUAAGACGUUCCGCUACUAUUUCAAAUUUGUCUCAUUCGUACUCGGAAUGGCUUUUUUCUCUGCUCUCUUCCUCCCGAUAAUGUUGCUUCAACCUCGAGGCUGGAAGAAUGGUCUAAAAACUUCAUGGGCAAUCCGACUUGUAUCGAGGUUGGUUGGUGUAAGGUGGAAAAUUCGCGGGUAUGAAAAUAUCGUCAACGACAGCGGAUCAGUUGUUCUGAUCAAUCAUCAGAGUGCGAUAGAUUUAGUUGUUUUUGCCGAGCUGUGGCCGUUUAUGGAGGGUCUCAGCCCGAUCGCCAAGAAAGAGGUCUUAUACUAUUUUCCUUAUGGUCCCAGUGCCUGGCUUCAAGGGGUCACCUUUAUUGAUAAAACAAAGCCGGAAAAGGCUGUCAGCACGCUCAACAAAAUGGGCGAGUCCGUUCGCAAAAACAAGAUCAAGCUGGGCAUGUUCCCCGAGGGCACUCGAAACGGAGGAGCGGAGUUGCUUCCGUUCAAGAAAGGCGCAUUUCACGUCGCCAUCGCCUCGCAGACUCCCAUCCAGCCAAUCAUCAUCGCUCGCUACCCCUUCCUUGACGCUAAAGCACACACCUUCGACUCAGGGAUGGCCGAGGUCCAAAUAUUACCUCCGAUCCCAACGGCAGGGUUGACCAAAGAUGAUAUGAAUCAACUCAUCGAAAAGACUUACUCUAUUAUGAACGAUGCUUACCAAAAACUAUCUCAAGAAGUACGUCAAAGUAGCUUACAAGAAGACUGAAUCACGAUCUCAACCAAAUAUGCGGUGAAACAAAAUUCAGGGCCUGGUGCAUGAUGGUUAUCACAUAACUUAAAGAGGACCAUAUUCUGCAAAUUUCGAGAAAUUUGAAAUGUAACAGAAAUUUUUAAGUUUGAUAUCCCAAACUACCUGACCAUGAUUUCUAACUAGCGUAAAAGGGGCAUUUGUGUGGCACUGAAGACAAAAAAGUCUCUCUUUGAGCAAUUGGCUAAUGUGAACUGAUAAUGUAUGUAUUCAGAUACCCGCAGUAUCACAAACAUCGUCAAAAUUGAGGCUAAUCAUCAAAGUGCGAUGUGCUGAAACAUUAUACGUGUAAUUAAGGUACAGCGGGCAUACCUUAAAGAGGUAUAUGCAUCCCCCAUAAGAAUUGGGCCCAGAACGGAAUCUUGUCAUAGCUCCACUUCUUGUAAAGAGAGGUUAGAGAAGUUCAAAAAUGGCGGACUUUUUGAUCCAGCCCCCUCCCGGUGGGGGGGGGGUCAAAGAAAAAUCAACUUGAGUAACCUUUGGUUUAGUAAGCUUGGUUUAAUAGUUCUGAAGAUCUAUCUUGACACCAUUUCAGGAAAUGGUUCUGUGAUUUGGUAGUAUUCAUUAAGGACAAAAAAGAAUUCUGAGCAUUGAUUUUGGGUACCAGAACAAAAUACAAUAAUCAGUUAAAGUCAAUCAUGACAGUAAAAUAUAAAAUUAAUGUCAAAUCCCCUCUUUUCGUAAACGCUCCCAUUCCUUCGAGACAUAUGCCUUUAGACUUGAGAUGAAAUAAAAAAGAGGGGAGGGAAAUUACAUAUAACAUAUUGAUCCUUAUAUGUAUGCUUACUAAAUCGUCAAAAUGGUGUAAAAUGUUAAAAAAUUACGGAGAUGAACAUGGAACAGGGCGCUCCCGGGCGCAGCUGCGGGACUCUGGCCCGAGGCCCAUAUACGUACCCUGUCGAGUCAACUUUGAAAAAGCAUAACUCCGAAACUAAUCAUUUCCCCCAACAUGUUCCUAGCUCAUUUUAAAGAAGAAAACAAGGGCUAUUUUUUGCACACAUAUUCACAACAUUUCGUGCGACCCCUCCCGUCGAAAAAUGGAAAAAUCCAAAAUUAAAAUUUUUCCAAAAAUUUGAUGAGCCAUAACUUUGCCAAAAAUUAAACGAUUGUCAAUUUCUUAUGCUCGAUAGAAAGGUCUUUUUAAGUAUUCUUUUAUUUAAAAAAAGUUCAACUCAAUAACUGCAACCGUUCAAAAGUUAUGGGUAAAAGUUGAUUUUUCUUUGACCCCCCCUCCCCCCGGGGGCUAGAUCAAAAAGUCCGCCAUUUUUUAACUUCUCUAACCUUUCUUUACAAAAGGUGAAGGUAUGACAAGAUUCCGUUCUGGGCCCAAUUCUUAUGGGCGAUGCAUAUACCUCUUUGAUGUCAAGUUCCGUAAUUUUCGACAAAAUUUCUUGCGUAGGAUUUUCGUUUGAAAAUGUCUUACUUUUAGACUGCAGUAUCUUUUCUGUUGAAGAUUUCAAUGUUGUACGCAUGGAUUUUUCACGAUAGUUCCUCUCGUAAGAAGAAUUUGGAGCGUAUUUGAAAAAAAAGGAGCCCGAAGUGUGAUUAUUCUUGCCUGCAUGGGAGGAAGAGUCUUUUCUUAAAAAAAGGGCCAAAAUUCGCCCCUUUUCAGGCUAUUGAUUCGGCAUAUGGGACUCGCGCCAAACUGAGGCGUAUGAUGCCGUAAGUCUCAAAGAAUAAUUUCAGCUUGAUUUGAAAAUUUUCGGAGACACAGGGGGUUGAAGUGGACGGGGCGAUGAACGGUUCUGUGCGUACAUUAAAAGUUGGGUGUACCUGUACAUUUUGUACAUUAAUGUAUUUUUUGAUAGCUUGUAUGUAACUUGUAAAAUAUGUUUAUACAUUUCCUAUACUUACUGUCAAAAUAUUUAGGAAAAAAUUGCAAAAAACUUUGUUCAA